AUGAAAGAAAUGGAAGUUUAUAGCAAAAUACUUUUACAGACUUGUAUUGUUGAUAUUAUUGGGAUUGUUUUAUUUGUUAUUGUUCAGCCGGUAUUUGUUUCUGAUAAUGGAAUUGGUACAGUAUGGGAAUAUGGAAUUACUCAUUAUUUGCCUAAUCCUUGGCAAUUCCUUUCUUUUAUUUUGUAUGCUUUUAUGAUAAGAUUUACAUCAGUAAAUGUUUGUUCACAAUUUAUUUUUCGUUAUUUGACUGUUGUUCGGUAA